AUGGUGGUUCGUCGAACGAGCACUGGCGCGACAUCGCUUCCCGGCGACUAUCCCGACGAUGGUCGCUGCGCCAACGCCCUUCGACGCCUUGACAUGUACGCCCACGCGCCGCCUGAAAUCUCAGGCUUCACCGAGCGCACGGUUGGAGGUGGUUUAUUCACAAUCGUCGUCUCGUUGAUCUUCAUCGCGCUGUUUACGAUGCAAGUCAGUGCGCUGUUCGCGGCGACGUACGUCACGGACAUCGUCGUCGAUCACACCGCGGACGCCAAGCUACGAGUGAACGUUCGCGUGGAUUUCCCAUUCGUCGAAUGCGAGUUCCUUCAUCUGGACGUGGUCGACGCCAUCGGCUCGCGAAAGACGAACAUAAGCGGUGAAAACGUCUACAAACAUCCGUUGAGCGGGCCUAUGAAGUACAUGAACAUUCAACACGCGGCGCCGGUGAACGCCGAGACGCUGGACGACGCGUUCGAGUACGGCACUACGACCGACUACGACCACUACGGCAACAAAAGAAUCGCAUUCGACAUCGCGGGGUUAGACAUGUUCGAGCACAUGGUUCGCGUUCAUCAUGGAUUACUCCUCGUGAACUUUCACGCGCCGUGGUGUUUGCACUGUCGGAAUUUCGCGCCGAUCUGGGAGCACGCGGCUGAGAUGGUGCGUCUCGAGUUGCGUCGCACCGGACGCUCCCGACUUUCGCUCGGCAUGGCCUCCGUGGACUGCUCGACGGAAAAGAACGACGAGUUGUGCUCGAAAUUGCACGUGCAAGCGUACCCAUCCGUGCGCGUCUAUCGCGCCGGGUCUUUGCAUCCUUCGAAAGAAAAUCAAACGUCGAUUGCAGAGUUACACCGCGAGGCUGAGAACAUUCAAUUCGAGGUGUAUCACGGCAAGCGCAGCGCUGAAGCGAUCGCGGCUUUCGCAGAUUCUCUGCUGAAAGAAAUCGAAGCCGCGACAGAGGACGGCAACGACGAGGCAUCGCCAAAGAAACGAGGCACGGUUUUUGGACACGAUGCCGAUGGUGACGGUCGGCACGAUUCCGUCGUGAGAACGCCUGGUUGCUCCGUGAAUGGUCAAUUCAACGUCAAUCGAGUGCCGGGAGCGUUUUAUUUUGUGCCUCGAUCGCGAUCGCACUCGCUCGCGGACGUGGACAUGACGCACGUCGUUCGACACUUAUCAUUCGGCGAGCACGUUCCAGGUAAACCCAGUUUCAUUCCACGACAUUUGCGCAAAGCUUGGAGCCUCAUUCCAGUGGACAUGGGAGGGAGAUUCGCAAAGAAAGACAACGGCGGCGGCGGCGCCCAGUUUGACGCGCGUGAAAAUCGAAGAACGGCUUUUGAACACUACAUGAAGGUGAUUCCACGCACGUUUGCGCCGAUUGACGGGGCACCGAUUCAGAUUUACGAGUACACAUUUUCGAGCAACCAUUUCGACGUGCACGGAAGCGCUGAAGAACGCGAGAUGAUAUAUUACGAUCGCGUGGAAGAGCAUGCGAUGGAUGAUGAAUUUCGCCGCCCUCGCGGUCCCGUGGUGAAGUUUUCGUACGACUUGUCGCCAAUGCAGGUAAAAAACUCAACUCGAAAAUUACAAAACACUAACCACGUUCGCUAA